ACAGUGUCCAGAACAAUAAGGACUGCAAAACCAUUUCAACCUUUUCAUUCAGAAAUACCAAAAUUUGAAGAAAACAACAUACAAUACUGUUGGAAUAUCUUCGAUUUUAGAAGAUUUUUAAUAAAUUUUCCGUACAAUUUGAAAUGCAGAAGAGAAAAUAGACAGAAGGAUACGUGGAACAACUGUAUUGAGUUAAAUUAACACCGUGGAUAUUUUAGAAGUCCAGGUUAUCCAUUCUUUUAUCCCAAAAUACUAAACAUGUGCUUCAGAUUUAGAAAACAACCUGGAUAUUGUGCUAUAAGACUUUAUAUGAACGAUUUUCAAUUACAAAGUAGUUACGAAUGUCAAAAAGAUUAUGUCUUACUGGAGAAUCAACACAGAUAUUGCGGUAGAAGCCUCUUGAGACAAUAUAUAACUUUUGAUUUGACAUCUAAAAAUUAUGAAGAUUUGAGAUUUGUAACGGGUUUAUUUUUCUGCGGACGUGGAUUCUGUGGUAGUUAUGAACAACUUCCAUGCCAACAACCUACUGUGCCAAUAAAUCUAACAACCACGACCAUACCACCGUCGCCAACUCCUAAUGUAAUAGGAUGUGAUAGAUACAUCUCGGAUCAAUCGUUUACUUUGGAAAUGAAUCAAAAUAAAGCGAAUUGUAUAUUCGAGAUUAAAAAAUUCACGAAGAGUGCUUGCAAAGUGGAUUUCCAUUUUGAAAAGUUCGACCUAUUCUGUGGUUCAGAAUCUUUAUUGAUGAAUAAUAUAACAUUAUGUGGACAUUUGACUGACAGAAAAAUUUCUGUCAAUUUUGAUGAGUAUUAUGGAAUAGUAACCGUAGUAUAUAGAAGCAACCUUUUAAAUAAGUAUAGUGAUUUCAAAUUCAAGAUAACUGGACAGCAAGUAACUGAUGACUGCCUCAUAGAUCUCGAACUACCACAGAGUCAAAUUGUUUUGAGAAUGUCUCAAAUUGAUUUUCACGAUGUUAUAAAAUUUAAGAUUAAAGUUGUUUCACAAGGGACAAAAAAAUUACCACGUUUGAGAGAUCCUGUGGUGGUAACCACUCCACACAUUAAAUUUCAACACAGACCGGUAUUUCUAAAACAAGUUCUCUAA